AUUAAAAUAUGAGAUAACCUGAGUAUAAAUGCACAGAGAAGUUAUGGAAGCCUAUAGUUCGACCUCCAAGACAUAAUUAUCGUUUAAAAGAUAUGGGGAAUGAAAUAUUUAUGAUUCAUGAUACAGUAGUAAAAAGAAUAGACUUUGAGAUUGUAAACAGUCUUGGAUUAAUCCUACAGUGUAGGUAAAUUGUAUUAAAAUAUUAAGUUUAUUUGAGCCUGUCAGAAUGUAAGAUAAGCCUCAUGCAUGUAUGAUUUAUUUACAUGGGAACUCUAGCAGUAGAGUUGAAUCUUUAACAAUACUUGAGUAUUUGCUUCCUUAAAAUAUUGCAGUAUGUGGAAUUGAUUUAUCAGGUAAUUCAUUACAUAACAGUAUGUAGGUUCUGGUUAAUCAUAAGGAGAAUAUAUUUCAUUAGGAUUCUAUGAAUCAAAAGAUGUUAAUGAUCUUUAUAAUUAUUUACGUUCAAAUAAAGUAAGUUUACUUCAUUAUUAAAAGUUUAUUAGCCUUUUAUCACUUAAAUAGGUUUGUGGGGUAGAUCUAUGGGUUCUGUUACAGCUAUAUUAGCAGCCAGUUUCAAUUCUAAUUUUAAAAUUAUUGUUUGUGAUAGUCCCUUCUCUAAUUUAACUCAUUUAUGUUAAGAGUUGGCAUCCAAUAAUUAUAAUAUUCCAGGAUGUUGUUUUAAUUGUUUUUGGUGUUUUGUUAAAUCUAAAAUUAGAAAAGAAGCUAAAUUCAAUAUUGAUGAUCUUAACAUCAUUUAAAUUAUACAAAGUUUUAAAAUUCAAUUUAUUUUAUAGCUUUAUCAACUGAUGUUUCUAUUGUUUUCCUUUCAGCCAAAGAUGAUACACUAAUUAGAGAAAAACAUCCUAAAAUUUUAUUAGAAAAAUUUAGAGGAAUUAAAGAAUUCUUUUAAUUUGAAGGUAAUCACAAUUCCAAAAGACCUAUUAAUGUUAUGAAAGCAACUGUUUCAUUUUUAAUUGCUUAAAUGGAAAAAUAAGAAUAAAAUAGUACUCUAAGAGAUACCAAAAUUUCAUCCAAAUUUAAAGAUUAAAUACCUCUACCUGAUAUUGGAGCACCACUUCUUCAUUCAGAAAAACCAUAUAUAUCAAAAACAGAAAAAUGAUCAGAAA